CAUGGCACCAGCUCCACACGAGUCAACGCUGGCGCUGUCAAUUAAGAAGAGCCUCGCCGCGUCCACGGGCGCAAUGAUCACGUCCUUGUUCGUCACUCCUCUCGAUGUUGCCAAGGUCCGCCUCCAAUCUCAGAGCAAUCCGAAGCAGUAUCGACCGCCGAAGGCCUGGUCGGCAUGCCAUCCGUCGUGUGGAAGCGCGACUCGUGGAGCCGCCAGCAUGUUGGCCAUGGCGCGACCGCAAACGUUGUGUGUGGCUUGUGUGCGCCAACUGAGUAUGCAGUGUGCUGUGCCACGCCGUCAUCUUCAUGGCACCGUCGACGCGCUCCGGUUUGUGUUCCGCACGGAAGGUCUCCGCGGACUCUUUGCUGGCCUUCCCCCGACUCUCAUGCUUGCAGUCCCAUCCACAGUGCUCUACUAUACAUCAUACGACCAUCUCGUCCGCGAAGGAUCGCGUCAGUUUCCCGAACUGACGCCGCUGAUGCCACUCGUCGCAGGAAGUUCCGCCCGCAUUGUGGCGGCCACCGUUGUGUCCCCACUCGAGCUCGUGCGUACUCGGAUGCAAAACGGCGUGGAGAAGAACAUGUGGUCAAUCUUGCGCCGAUCCGUGCGCGAACACGGCCUGCGCUCCCUCACACGCGGCUUGCAGGCAACUCUAGCUCGUGACGUUCCAUUUUCAGCCAUAUACUGGACGUGCUACGAGCAGUUGAAGGGACGCCUGGCCAAUCGCCCGGAGUUUGACCAACGCCCAGUCCAUCUAGCAUUCUGCGCUGGUGCUGCCGCAGGGAUGGUGGCAGCUACGAUCACUACGCCAUUUGACGUUGUCAAGACCUUGCAGCAGGUGGAUGGAAGCAUGCAACUGUCGACGACCCAAGUGCUGCGCCGCCUCGUCACCACCCAAGGUCUCGCAGCUGUAAUGACUGGACUCGCUCCACGCCUCGCCAAAAUCGCGCCGUCCUGCGCCAUCAUGAUCUCGACCUACGAAGUCGGCAAGAUGUACCUGGGCGUGUCGUAGGCCCCGAUUUCUCAAAUAAUUUAUGUGCCAUUUUGGCGCUCGAAAAUCGUUCAGUGGCUUUGAAUUUUCCGUCAAAGGCAUAAUCUUUUUAACAUCUUUUGAGAAAUCAGC